GCGGCGGCGCGCUGAGAGGGGGCGGGGCGGGGAAGCUGGCUGGGCGGAAGAAGUCGAGCCCGAGAAAUUUCCGGUUCCGGUGUCAGCUCGAGGCGCCGCCGCCGCAGCCGCCGGAGCCGCGAUGCCUAAAGGAGGGAGAAAGGGGGGCCACAAAGGCCGGGCCCGGCAGUACACGAGCCCGGAGGAGAUUGACGCCCAGCUCCAGGCCGAAAAGCAGAAGGCCAGGGAAGAAGAGGAACAAGGAGAAGAAGGUGGAGAUGGGGCUGCAGGUGACCCGAAAAAAGAGAAGAAAUCUCUAGAUUCUGAUGAGAGCGAGGAUGAAGAAGAUGAUUACCAGCAAAAGCGCAAAGGCGUGGAAGGGCUCAUUGACAUUGAGAACCCCAACCGGGUCGCACAGACAACCAAAAAGGUCACGCAACUGGACCUGGAUGGGCCCAAGGAGCUGUCCCGAAGAGAAAGAGAAGAAAUCGAGAAGCAGAAAGCAAAAGAGCGUUACAUGAAGAUGCAUUUAGCGGGGAAGACAGAGCAAGCCAAGGCCGACCUUGCCCGGCUGGCGAUCAUCCGAAAACAGCGGGAAGAGGCUGCCAGGAAGAAAGAAGAAGAGAGGAAAGCAAAAGAUGACGCGACCUUGUCGGGAAAACGAAUGCAGUCGCUCUCCCUGAACAAGUAGCACGGCCUGUGGGAGGAGAGACCAGGGAACUGGGCCGUGCUGCCAGGACCUCCGCUGCGUCUCACCCGCCCUGUGCCCCGGUGCCGCUGCAGCAGCCCCUCGUGGCGAGGAGCCCCCCACGGCCUGGGACCUCCUCUUCAUCUUGGCACGGAAAUCGUUUGGGGGGAUGGUGGGUGGGGGGCUGGGGGAGGGGCAGCUGCUAUCUUUGAGGCAGAAAGAUGCAGGACAGCAUUUCAUAUGUAACCAUUCAAAUGUUUUGGCUGUUUUUAGAAUUCAGAACCCUUGUUGGGGGGUACCUGGGAGGUGGGUUAAGAGGAGCUUCCAUUUGUCUGGUAGAUUGCGAGGCAGGGGGCAGUUGGGGCCACAGUAGCUGCUGACAAGUUUGCGAUGGCCUGUCUGCCCACCCCCCGGUCUGUGUUCCCUGGGUGCUCACUCAGAGGGGCUGGCAGUUGACAGCCCGUGCCCAUGGGUCCCUGAGGGUCACGGCUCAUCCUGGCCAGUCCCCUCUGACGGACGCCUCCCCCUGCCCUUCCCACCCCACUCCCUGCCCCCUACUCUGGCCAGGCCCCGGCCCGUUCGUAACCCCGCCCGUGGAUCAUUUCGAGAAGCCUGUUUACUGUGCAGCACCCAGGCACAACACGCUCCACAGAUCCAACUUGUAUAUUUGGCAAAUUAAACUUGACAUUAUCGUAAUCCUGGUCCUGUGAUCGCUCUUGGGGGCCCCCAGGCCUGAGCUGUUCUCACCCAGCAGGACCCGGUGUCCCUCUCAGGCCCACCCCGCAGGGUUCCGGUGCCACCAGGCCCGGGUACAGAGACUGGACCCCUGGCUCGGCCUGGGCAUCUGAGCCGGGAAAGACCUCAGGAUACAGGAACCACCCGUCUCCUCUUUAACCACCCAGGGACCUUAAGCCAGAGGGGCCAGGGACCUGCGCGGUGUCAAGUCCCGCCUUCCUGGUGCCCCCUGGUGGUGACAGCCCCAGGAUUUCAGCGCUGGGAGGAAGCGACCCAACACCCAGCACUUCUGCUUGGCCUUACCUCAGGCCUAACCCAGGCUUGGCUCAGUCACAUGGGCGCCUGAAGACUCCGCACAGUGCCUGUCUUAACGUAUGCAGCAGCCCUCUGGAAGGGGCGCCACUUCCCAGGCAGCAGCCUCCUGAGAGGUGAACAGGUGCCAGGCAUGGGUUUGCUGAAGAAUAAUGGGGAGCCGGGGGGCUUCCCAGGUGGCGCAGUGGUAAAGAACCUGGUUGCCAAGGCGGGAGAUGCCAGAGAUACAGGUCUGAUCGCUGGGUGGGGAAGAGCCUCUAGAGAAGGAAACAGCAGCCCCCUGCAGUCCUCUUGCCUGAAAUAUCCCCUGGACAGAGGAGCUGUCCAUGGACAGGGUUAGCGUCCACGGGGUCAUAAAGAGUCAGAUGCAGCUGAUCACAUAGACACGUGGGGAACCAUGUAGCCUGAACUGUCUCCUGGGGACUUAGAAUUUUUAUUUCCUGAUUUAAAAAGAAUCAGUGGGUCUCCUCCAACUCCAGAGGUUAUUCUGAGAACCCACAGGCCCUAGAACAAUGGGGGAGAAGCCGCCUUUAGGUGCUAUUUUUCCUGUAAAUAUGGGCCUAGUUCACCAUUAGAAGAUCUACUGAUGUAACUCAUUACCUAGUUAGACCAAAAACCAUGUUAUUAAAAAAAAAAAAAAACAGUAAAAUAGGAAGCGGGGGUGGCGGGGAUUGUCCUAAAAAAUGAGCAAUUAUUAGAAACCAAUUGCAAACAUCAAAUAGAGAAACAAUAAUUUCUGUUAAAGCCUAGAACCAGCCUAGAGUGUACAGUCACCAUUCUUGGCAUCUGACUGCUGAGUGAGUGAUGGGAGACGGCUGGUCCUGGCAGCUCCCAGGCUGGGCUGCGGCGGGAGGCAACCACCGGGGCGCCGCCUCUGUGUGAGGAUCAGUUGUGCUGGCAAACAGCAGGAAGCUACCAGUGCCCUGCCCAGACUGACCCCUCCUCCAGACACACAGGCCAGCGUGUCUACAGUUGCGUUUUUAUUACCUCCACAUUCUGAAGCAGUUCAUGACCACCAGAGUGCUUUGAGAACAGUUUCUUUUACAAUUAAAGCAUUUCUUCAAGAAAAAAGCAAUCGUUCCUUC